UUCAACCUUAGCCAGCCCUGAUUGACUCAGCAGCAAACUGGCAUGUACAAACAUCCACAGUGACACCAAAGCCAUGGAGAGAGAACAGAGGAAUGACAUGUCUUUCUCCAGGAAGAGAAGUUUCACUUUUGGGGCAUAUGGCAGUGUGGACAGAUUCACAUGUGGGGAUGAGACGAGACCUGAAUCUGCAGAAGACAACAUACUGGACAUCUUGGACUCUCCUGCUGGUGACAGAAAGCCUUUCCUCCCUGCCAGCAGCAACCAGAGGGACACUGAGCUGUUUGAAAUCAUUGAAAAGCUGCAGGGCAGCAGGAUCGAUGAGCAGCGCUGUGAAUUCCCUCCUCCUCUGAAGUCUCAGCUUUUAACUAUAGGUGGAGACCUGCCGCUCAUCCUCCCUCCGAGUCAGGGGGGGUACUGGGUAGACCCCCCACUGGAGAGGCUCGUAGAUGUGAGUCCCACCUCCUCCCAAUGUGGCCUCGAUGACACAGAGGGCUACGACAUCAUGGAGAGAGAUGGAGAAGCCAAAAUCUACCACGAGUUCUUCAGCUCACGAUACCAUCACUCGUUCACAGCAGUGGAUCCGUCUUUGGGGCCUCUGGUUCUGUCUGUGUGUUUGGAGGAAGAGGAGAGCAAGCUGCGGGUGAUACUAAGAAUGAAGGAGUGCUCUCUGCAUGGAGUUUUCUCUGUCUCUCUUUUUCCCAACAUCCCAUCUGCUGUUGAAUUAGCAAAGAUGCUGUGUGACAGAGUGACUGUCUCAAAGUUUGAAGUGGUCAGCUACCUCAAGGCCCCAGAGCUCAUAACUACAUUUGAUGAACACAGAGUGUCUCCGAAUUUCAAGUUUGGCAUUUUGUACCAGAGGGACGGGCAGUUCACAGAAGAAGACAUCCUCAGUAACAAUGAGGAAAGUGAAGAGUUCAAAGAGCUGCUUUCUGUUUUGGGAGAGACGAUUCAACUGCACGGCUUCAGCGGGUUCAGAGGAGGACUGGAUGUGUGUCAUGGUCAGACAGGAAGUGAGGCUGUCUUCACUUCCUUUCACGGGAGAGAAAUCAUGUUCCAUGUCGCAACUAAGCUGCCAUUCACAGAGGGCGACCCACAGCAGUUACAAAGAAAAAGACACAUCGGUAAUGACAUUGUAGCCUUGGUCUACCAGGACGGCCAAACCCCGUUUCUUUCUGACGUCAUCAAGUCUCACUUCCUGCACUGUUUUCUGGUGGUCCGGAGGAUUCAGGAUCCGGAGCAAACAUGUGAAACUGCGUACCAGGUGUCUGUCACGGCCAGAGAGGACGUUCCUCCCUUUGGUCCGGUCCUCCCAGUUCCUCCUAUCUUCACAGAUGUAAGAAACAACACAAAGGUCAACAAGCGUUCCCUGCUGAGAGAAUUCCUUCUGACCAAACUCAUCAACGCAGAGAUUUCCUGCUAUAAGGCUCAACGCUUCAGCAGACUAGAGCUCCGCACUCGUUCGUCGCUCCUGGAAAGUCUUCAGGCUGAACUCUCUACUCGUUCCCAGUGCAUGAUGGGGGAUCCAUCACUGUCUGCGUCUGAGGGUGCACGAGUGGCGACGGAGGGGAGCGGAGGGUUCAUUGAAAACUUUAAGAGAGCCAUAAGAGUGCGGAGUCACUCCUUUGAGACGCUCGGGGUUCCCAGGAAGACCGGUGGCAGCGCGUUACAGAAACCUAAGACAGAAAAAGAUGGAGAGAGUGACAAAUCUCCAGGAUCUCUGCCUGCUGACAGUUUGGUGCCGGCUGAACUCAAAGAUCAAGCAAGUCCUCAAGAAGAGACAUAAAAUGAAAUAUUAACCCUGUAGAUUUUGAAUGUUAAUAUACUUACAGACAUUGCUAGCCUAUACGGUUGCUACUUUAUUAUCCUGCUUAUAUGUAAAUAGAGUGUAAAAGUAAAUAGUAUUUCUGAGAAUAAUAAUUAUUUUACUGUCAUAGGGAUACUCUACAUUAAUGAAAAUAUUUGCAUUGUAUUUCAGUGAAAUGUUAAACAUAUACAUAUAAUGACUGCCAGGAAUGGCUAAACUGUU